UGUGGGUGGAGAUGUUGACACACAGAAGAGACAUCUUGUAGGCAGCUGUUAACACGCGUAGUGUACAUUUACAGCAUUUACUGUGUUCGUAUUUUAAAAUAGUUGUCAAAUUUACCUGCAUUAAUUAUAGAGCUAGCAAUAAACCGUAAACCUUCGGACGUUUUGAAGGUUUUUUUUACGUUUUAGCGACGUGGGUUUGAGCCAUCUGAAGGUGUCGUAUUUCUACACUCGCUUUUUCUUCAAUUGUCGCUACUAGCUUGAAAUAGUUUCAUUUUUAGCUUUUUUUUUCGUGGGUGUUUUCACUGUGUUCCGGGGUUUAUCUGCGUCUACACAUGCAGCCAGAGCUGCUCAGCAAACCCAACUCGGUGGAUAAAGUCAUGGAGCAAGGUUAAACUGGACAAACCUGCUAAAAACUGCGGAGCAGGUUGAAAACUCUGUCUUUCGUUUUUGUCUACUGUCAGAACAAAACGUGAACGGACACCCUCUUUGGUUUGCUUUUGUUUUGCCACUGGGAGGACCACCCUCUUUAUUUUCAACGCUGCGAUGAAGAAUUCAGACAGCAUGGGAGUCAACACCAUCCAUUGGUUUAGGAAGGGACUGCGACUGCACGACAACCCGGCUCUGAGGGACUCUAUCCGGGGUACUGACACUCUGCGAUGCAUCUACAUUCUGGACCCAUGGUUCGCUGGUUCCUCUAGUGUUGGCAUCAAUAGAUGGAGGUUUUUGCUGCAUUGUUUAGAGGAUUUGGAUGCAAGUCUGCGCAAACUUAACUCCCGCUUGUUUGUGAUCAGAGGUCAACCCACAGAUGUCUUCCCUCGUCUUUUUAGGGAAUGGAAUAUUGCGCGGUUAUCCUAUGAAUAUGACUCUGAGCCAUUUGGAAAGGAACGUGAUGCUGCCAUCCAGAAACUAGCCAAUGAGGCUGGCGUGGAGGUCACUGUCCGGAUUUCACACACGCUCUAUAACCUGGACAAGAUUAUAGAACUCAAUGGUGGUCAGCCUCCACUAACAUAUAAGCGCUUCCAGGCUAUAAUUAACCAAAUGGAUGCUGUGGAGCUGCCUGCAGAGACAAUCACAUCAAAAGUAAUAAAAAACUGCACCACUCCAAUUACUCAUGAUCAUGAUGACAAGUUUGGAGUUCCAUCCCUUGAAGAGCUUGGUUUUGAGACAGAAGGCCUCAGCACUGCAGUCUGGCCAGGCGGCGAAACAGAAGCCCUCAUGAGAUUAGAACGACAUCUGGAGAGGAAGGCGUGGGUGGCAAACUUUGAGCGUCCUCGAAUGAACUCCAACUCCCUGUUAGCCGCUCCUACAGGCCUCAGCCCGUAUCUGCGCUUUGGAUGUCUCUCCUGUCGGCUCUUCUACUUCAAACUCACAGAUCUUUACAAAAAGGUGAAGAAGAACAGCACACCGCCUCUGUCCCUUUAUGGCCAGCUCUUAUGGAGGGAAUUCUUCUACACAACGGCCACCAACAAUCCCUGCUUUGACAAGAUGGAGGGAAACCCCGUGUGUCUUCAAAUACCCUGGGACCGAAACCCGGAAGCACUGGCCAAGUGGGCAGAGGGACAAACAGGUUAUCCAUGGAUCGACGCUAUAAUGACCCAGCUGAGACAGGAGGGCUGGAUCCAUCAUUUGGCCCGGCACGCUGUGGCCUGUUUCCUCACAAGGGGAGACCUCUGGAUCAGCUGGGAAGAAGGCAUGAAAGUCUUUGAGGAGUUGUUACUCGAUGCAGACUGGAGUGUAAACGCCGGCAGCUGGAUGUGGCUUUCUUGCAGUUCAUUUUUCCAGCAGUUUUUCCACUGCUACUGUCCCGUGGGAUUUGGUCGACGCACUGACCCCAGUGGCGACUACAUACGUCGUUACUUGCCUGUGUUGAGGGGUUUUCCUGCAAAAUACAUCUAUGAUCCUUGGAAUGCCCCGGAGGAUGUGCAAAAGGCAGCGAAGUGUAUCAUAGGAACCAACUACCCCAGACCCAUGGUGAACCACGCCGAGGCCAGCCGCGUCAACAUCGAGAGGAUGAAGCAGAUUUACCAGCAGCUCUCCUGCUACAAAGGACUGGGGCUACUUGCAACUGUUCCAGCAAAUCCUAACAAUGGUGCAAAUGGUAGCAACGUUGGAGGAGCCAAUGCUUACUCUGCUGUAAGGUCCUUUGAAAGCCCCCUGUUGCAGGAGGGAACAUCUCAAACAGUUGGACGGAGACAGUCCUCGCAGAAACGCCGUCAUGAAGAGACGGAACCUGAAUGCAGCUUCAAAUCCUGGAAGCACAGCAAAUAGCUUGGGAUAUUAAUAAUGGAUAUUAAUAAUCCCUCACAUGGUUUCUGUUCCAUGUUCUCCGGUAGCAACAAUUAACUCCUGCCGAAUGACGAUGGAGAUGAGACCGUUAAUCUGCUGGUACCAUUCAGUAUUUCUUUUGUGCAGGAAGAAGUUUUAAACAUCAAGUGAAUUGUGAGUUGCUUCCAUUUUAGAUAUUGCUUGUUGACAUGUGUUAGUUACAGGAUGGGAGCUGUUUUACCUCUCAGGUACAACGUCAUAAAACUGUAAUAUAUCAGACCAAACCAUGCAAAAAUGACACAGCCUGUUGUCUUCCACUGCAGUGUGUAACUGCAAGAAUGAUGAACCUGCCAAACAAUAUUUCUUCACAUCAUUUAGCAUUUUGAUGGAAGAGUAAAGCAUCUUCUUAAACUCAUACACAUAAAUAAAACACCUGUUGUUUCAGCACAACAAUGAACAAUUUGGAGUUUUCAUUCCACAAAAGUUGAGAUUUAUUUUCUGAGCUAAGAGUCUUAUGUACAGUAGAAGCCAGUCAAUAUUAAUCAUUUUGUAAAUAUUUGGAACUGAUUUUAUGUUUUUGUAUAUUUUGCUGUGGUCUCAAAAAAGUCUGUGAACAAAGGUACUGAAAUGUAAAGAUUAUAAUUUAAAUAUAUAUUCUUUUGUCACCUCAGUGAUCGUAAAUGUGUUUUGUAUAAAUAAUGACAAUUUUCUGAAUGUUUUGACAUGACAAUAAAAGACAAAAAAUGAUAAA